AUGCUGCUCCAGUCUUCAUCGGAGAUCCCUCCCGCAGACCUCCUUCUGUCUUGGCUCCGUCUAAUGGUUGACAAUGUUUUCCUCGAAUCCCUCCAGGCUCCCUGUGAUAACCCUCUAGAACUUCUUUUACCGCUUCAAGGCUUUGUGUGCCUGAUUACUCUAGCUUUUCUAAAACUGUCCCUUUCUAUCCCUGCCAUUCUUGAUAAAGAUCAGAGGAAUGAUACAUCCUCCAAGCCACCUUAUUAUCUUUCAAAAGACGACAUUGGCCAGAUCAACGAAUUAUUUACAGCAGUUGGGCUUCAGUCAAGAACUGCAAGUCCCGCAGCGUUUGCAUGGGGGCUUAUUUUGCACACCAUGGCAGAGCUUGCUCUUAACGAUAAAGAGACUCGGGAGUUGGAACAGUAUCAAAGUGCCGUGGAUUCCUUCCAGUCAAACACUCCUCAUUCAAACUCAGGUCGCGCUGCCGAAAUAUCUCUAUAUGAAGAGCUCCUUGAAGUUGCUCGUACGCCGCGAUAUAGUAUUGAUGAGUCGAUUGCACUUCUCACUUCGGAUGCAAUGAGGAAUAUUGCGUUCGAUACCAUUAUUGUUCUAGCGCAAAAGAUUGGGCCGUCAUCGACUAUCGAUGAUAUCGUGACGAAUCGUUGGGCUCGCAUGGCACUGCUGGAUCUCAUCCGGUCGAUGAUGAUUUACUUGGAUUAUUCACCAGAAAUCGUUCAGUCUGUCUUGGCUGUCCUUACUGGGCCUCUCUCAGACUCAGCAUGGCCCUUGGCUACGUCACCGGUGUCGUCGAACGAUCCACGUUUGAUUUUCAUGAGAGAUGAGAAUUUAACCAGCAACAUCCUCCACGUGGCGCGCUCGCGGUUCCCUUAUGAAACUGUACCCUUUCUAAAGCUAUGCCGAGCGCUACUCGGUGCAGAACUGGUCGAUGAAGAAGGCUUCCCACAAAUUCUGAGCGAGUUGGAAAGCAUGGAAUCGUUCACGCAGGUUGUUCCAGACAAUUUCCAAGGUUAUGAAACUAUUCGGGAGGAUGAAGAUGCGAACUACGUUAGUCUCCUCCAGCCUCUUCCAAUGACGGAAUCCAAGUUGCGGAAACAGACACGCCAGGAGACUAGUAAUGCUCUCAUUGUUACCGGUUCGUCGGAGCUUCCUGCAGCAACAGUGGGUCAGAUAGUAUCUGAGUCCAAACCUGCAGUCGUUAUGUGGCAACACCGGUAUUCCUGCUUGAGUUAUUUGGGCAGCCGGCUAGAGGAGUGGAGCGAGAAUGGUGGAUUCUCAGAAGAGUUUGGCGAUGACUGCGUUGCGGAGACAAUCUGGCUGUUCACGGAUCUAAUUUUUGCGUCCACGAACAACCAAGCACGUAGCAACGAUAAUUCCGCUGCGAAAAGCAUCCUGGAGAUGGCCAGCGAUGGUCUUUCUAGUCAAACUGACAUCAUCGGACUUGUUUUUGACAUAUUCGAGCGCAAUCUUCAAAGUGUCAGCGCAAGGACUGCGUCAGAAGGUGUAGUCGAUUCGGCGAUAGCCUGUCUGCACUUCAUUCGCGCCCUCAUUGCGGUUCUACCCAAUAGAGUAUGGCCCUUACUAUCUCGAAGCAGCCUGCUUGGGACAGACGGAAAGGGCGGUAUGAUGACGGCUAUUAUAUCCGCUACGGAAGUGACUUCUGGGGAAUAUCCAUUUCUUAUGGCCUCUGUCCGUCUAUUUGAGGCUGUUGUUGAUGACGCAAUGUCCCGUGCUGUCCUAAGGCGAUGCCCAGUAGGGAAGGCAGGGGUUGUUUCGGACUGGACUUCAGGAGUCCCGUCGCACAUCAUGAGACGCAUUCUGCUCAACUAUGUUCGGAUAAUGGUCGAGGUGUACAACAGCAAUGGCAACUGGAGGUUCAACGCUCCGGAGAGGAAGUUCGAAAUUACCACUGCGAUUGCAGGGGUGCUCGAAAGAAUACUUUACUACGCUUUUGGAACGAACGAUCCUGCCAACGGCAAAUUGGAAUCGAAACUUACCGGCGCCUUCUCGUCUUCGGCCACAUACAUCCUAGACGUCCUCCGACCACAAUCAGCUGCCGAUUUGCCGUUCAAUCCUAUUCUCCGACUGAUAAUUGAUGGCCUCCAAACUCCUCCCACUUUAUAUCUCCGUUUCUUGAAUUUGGUAGAAAAGCAAGUUAUCUCCACACUGGAACUCUCAGCAAGGUUGCUACAGGCAGCUCAGCUCACUGAACUGCCGCCAUCGCUGCUAGAGGAACAGCUGUUUAAAGCUACACCAGUCCUUGUGAAGCUAUAUGCGCUCCAUGGCCCCUACCAAGUCCCUACACUUUCGCUAUUAAACACUCUAAUUACCACUGCUGCGUUAGACUCUGACAAUGAGCCGCCAUCCCUAGUUGGCCACUUGGGAGCCGAAACCUCCCGCCUUUUCCUUGACGUUCUAUCCCGAUUCGACAAGCCUCUCAGUGACGCGAAUCUGCAAUUAUCUAUAUGGCGCUUACUGACGACUUUAGUUAGCAAACGACAACAAUGGCUUGCGGUCUAUAUCCUCACAGGUUCUUCUCCCCGUGAAUCACUGAAGAAGCCGGAUACUGGAGAUAAAUCUGCAGUUAAGGGCACACCGUUCUUACGAAUGGCGCUUGAAAUGCUCUCCGCCAUUGAGCAGAUUUCUCCCCGAGUGGCCCUUUCACUUCUCGACUUCGUCUCUAAUGCUCAAGAACAUUGGCCGUGGGCAACCCCCGAGCUCAGGAAACAAGCCAACUUCUUCACGAGUCUCGUGAACUAUGUCUCCAAGCUGAAUAUAUUAUCUCUUUCCAGCAUUGAGCAAAUUUUCGCCACCCGGAUAGCUGCCGUUGUUGCCGAUAUUUGUGCUGUUUAUUUACAUUCGGCCAAAGAGGCGAAGGACCAGAAUUUUUACAAAACGCUGUUUCCGCUGGUAUCUUGGUACGCGAAGGCCGCUGUUGAAGUCUCUGGCUAUAAUGGCUCCCUACACGCCAACCUCAAGAGAAAUUUUGAGAGCAGGUAUUCGGGGUGUAAACUAGACGAUUUUAAGAGGACGCCUCUGCUGCCACGGAGUCUUGGGCGAGAGUAUUACUACGAUAUCCAGAUGGGCAAAAAGCUCCUUUCCUAUGAUUUUGCGUGGGAAGGGUCCAAGAACCACGGAUUUGCUGAGGAGUUUGAGCGUGCUAAUCUCAACUUGUCGCUUGUUGAAGCCCAAGUGAGCCUUUUGCACAGUUGGAAAUUCCUUGCCAUUGAGCAUUGCGCGGACUUCAUCUCUGAGAGCGAAAUCCAAAAGACGAUAGCAUUUGUUGUCAAGAGCUGCUUAGAGGCAAAUAUGAAUGGAGUCCCGCAGGAGGCCAUCUUCGAGCGAAUUCAGCAAACACGGGUCGAUUUCGCACAGAAUCUCCUGCAACGCCUCGUAGAAAAAGGAUCUAAGGGCGUUGAAUUCUCCAGCCUUCUUCAGGUGGUUUGGGAGUCAUUACGAAGUCGCCGGCCCACCUAUGAAGAUGCAUUGAUCAACGAUGAUUCCGAAUACUACCGGUCGCUUUUGAACACCCUUUUCUUGGCCUUACAGUUCCAUCUUGAUGGCGGCGCGAAAGCAGCGCGCGAACUCUAUAACUCCAAGGCGGACCCAACACCGGACCUGGUCAUUGUUGUUGAAAUUGUGAAGACUGUGGUAGCACAAGGUUUCAGGUCACUGACCUCAUACCUUCACGAGCAGCCAGAGAAGUGCACACCAAAAGACUUUGCCAUCAUAACCGCAAUUUUGCAAAGCUCACUCCAAGUGAAGGAUAUCGAUCGGAUGUACGAGCACAUUGUAUACCACAUUGCCGACAAUGAUACAGUGCGACAUGCCACUUCAUUAUUCUCUUGGGCAGAUCAGUUAGCCGUUGCAGGUGACCCCGUCUACGGAGAACUAAGUAUUUCUUUUCUAGCCAAACUAUCCACCAUACCUAUGCUAGCCGAGCACCUUGCAGUGGAGGUCGUCCUGGCCCAACUGUCAAACUGCCGCUUAACGAACGUGCUCCGGCAACCCAAAGGAUUUGGUCCGUUCGACCCGAUUCCGAGGAUAUACGCAAUGUGGACUGGCGGCAUUCUCCCCUUAUGCUUGAACCUCCUAUACCACGUCAUUCGUACGGCGCCUGAGGUCGCUGCCUUCCUCAACCAAUUCGAAGGCCAACUUACACGGGCUGCGUCGUCUUUUGCGUCUGCUCGCAGCACGGUAUCAUCUUCCGCUCAGGGAAUCAGUCUGAGCAUGGCUUCGGAAGCGUACUCUUUGGCACUUAUCUCGUUUAUCCUAGGCCGCCUGCGUGAAGCAGGACCGAGUAUGGGUAUGGAUGCACAAGCGAUCCAGGAACUGAAGUGGGACAAAUCACAAGUCAAAGAAGAUAUAGAAGAAUUGGUCGAACGCCGGGCCAAUCUCCGAUUACGGAUCGUUGCGACCACCGACAAGGAGGUCGAAUUGGCGCGUCAGAAGCCCGUUGAUGCCGCGUCAGGGUCAGAGAGCCGGUUGGAGGAGAGAAUUGUUAGCGAGCUGAAAGCAACACUAGCUUGCUUAGGAGGGGACGAAUCGUGAUCAUGUCAAUAUAAUGAAUGUUUUUCAGGCAUUGGCGGCGCAUAUCUGCGAUGGUUAUCUAGGUAUACAAAGCCCAUUCACUCUAGUUUCAUUGCGAUCUGUGUACAUUUAAGACUACAAAA